AUGCUUAGUUUAGCGUGGACUCCACUUAUUAAAGGAGUGGAUCAAGGAGAUUGUUCGACAGGUGAAGGAAAACGUGAUUGCCAUUCAGGCUCUGCUUGCAGCUCUAAUAAUGAUUGCGUAUUCAAGUCUUGUCAAAAUUUUGUCUGUGUACAUAAAUUAUCCAACGGUUGCUUGGUGGGAGGCAAGAAGAAUAAUUGUAAUCUAGGUGAUCCAUGUGCAUCUAGCGAUGACUGUAAGACGCCUGGCUGUGAAGCAGAUGAUUCAGGAAACACUUUUUGUGUUUGA